AUUUCAUAGUUACAGGGAAUUCUCUUUUUUAAUACAUGGCUUCUUCAUGGGACUACUGGUUUUCCCUAUGGUGUACUGUGGCUAACGUUGGUCUUCUCAUGGUUCAUCUACAAAACGCAGGGGCGCAGUCACCACCGGUGGGUGUCUGUUAUGGGAUGUUGGGCGACAACCUUCCGGCCCCUAAUGAAGUGGUGGCCCUCUACAAAUCCAAGGGUAUAGGGAAAAUGAGAUUGUAAUACCCUCUAGCUGCUGCAUCUGAUGCACUGCGAGGGUCUGAUAUUCAGGUCAUCCUCGACCUUCCCAGAGAAAACCUUGGGCAGGCAGCCUCGGAUCCUACAUUUGCCGCCAAUUGGGUCAGGGACAACAUCCAGGCAUACCUCCCAGAUGUCAAUUUUCGGUACAUUGCGGUAGGCAACGAGGUCAUCCCCGGAGAGAAUGCCGGUAAUGUCCUGCCUGCAAUGCAAAACAUAUACAAUGCAGUGAGCUCUGCAGGAUUACAGGACGGGAUCAAGGUCUCGACAUCGGUCUCAACGGGAGUGCUGGGUGUAUCAUAUCCUCCCUCUGAAGGUUCCUUCUCGCAGGAAGCAUCAUCAACCAUGGGGCCCAUCCUUGACUUUCUCUCGAAAACAAGGGCGCCACUACUAGUGAAUGUAUACCCCUAUAUGAGCUACAGAGACAACCCUUCGGACAUAAGAUUGGACUACGCGCUGUUUACCGCCCCUUCAGAUGUGGUGCAGGAUGGGCAAAACAAUUAUCGCCACCUCUUUGAUGCCAUUGUAGACUCUGUCUAUUUUGCCAUGGAGAAGGCAGGGAGUGGUGGGGUGCCAAUUGUGGUCAGUGAGAGUGGCUGGCCUUCGGAUGGUGGAUUUGCAGCAACAAAGGAGAAUGCACAAACCUAUAACUCUAACUUGGUGCGACAUGCGGCACAAGGGACACCGAAGAGGCCGGGGCCUUUGGAAACCUACGUGUUUGCAAUGUUCAAUGAGAACAAGAAGGACGCUGGGAUUGAGCAAAACUUUGGACUCUUCUAUCCAAACCAAAAGCCAGUUUAUGAGGUGAACUUCACAUAGAGACUGAAGAAGGACCAAACAUGGGGGUUAUCACAUUUUAUUAUCAAUAAGAGCCAAUGAAUCAAAAUCUCUCGUUUCCCUUUUAUGUAAUGUAGGAAUUGUAGUUUUUGCCCACUUAUGUGAUGGAUUCUUUAUGUAAUGGAGGUAAAGGCGGUAGCGGGCUGAGCUUGGGCCUUGUCAGGAUUGGCUGGAGUCCAAUUAGGUAAGCUGGCUAAGUAGGCUAGGUCAUCAUCAUACUGAGUUAGACCAUAUAAUGUCAGUUUGGCCAAUUCGGCCAAGUCUUGAAUGGUUUCUCUCAUUUACUCUAAGUAUUGUUUAAUUAUGCUUAACUGUUAUGUUUAAUAUGAAAUAAUAGUCAAAGUUUACUA